CAAAUCAAUACAUAAAGCACACGAGGGAACACAAGCAUACAUAGAUUACAAACAAUGGACAAUCGAGCUAGGGGGUACAAUAUCACAUUACAAUUACACAAGGACCUUAAGGAAUAUGCAUAUACCUACAAUUCUAACAGCUUUUUUGUCCCGCCUGCCAGAUCUUACAACCGUGACAGGUGACUCUGCGGGACAGGAAGUGAUGGACUUCCGGUGGGGGAGGAGCCGGGGCGAGGAGGGCAUCGCCGUGGUGAUAAACUUCCUGCUGGCUAAUGCCCGAUUGGUCCUGGGAGUGGGAGGGGCCGCGGUGCUGGGCAUCGCUACGUUGGCUGUCAAGAGGUUGAUAGAACGUGCGGGCCGAGCGGCGGAGGACGAGAAGGUGGAACAGAAGAUGUCAGAGAGCUGGGAGGAGCUUGGCUUAGUCUCCGCCUCCCCCAAGUCCAUAAGGAAGGGGCUGGAGAGUGUGGUCAUGAAACAUGUCGCCAAGGCAACCAAACCACAGAAAGCUGACCUGUGCCAGCCCCAGCAGCAGAAGUCUAGUCUGAAUGAGAAGCCUGUCAACGCAGCAGAGCCCCAGAGACCCAAGAGCCUACAGCUGUCUCUCACCCUGCAGGACCAUUGCCCUGUUAGCUGCAAGCUGCCCUGUUGGUGGCAGGCGAGCUUGAUUCAGCUCCAGCAGUAUUACUCAACCAGAGCAGCUUUAGCCCCAGAGGUCGUCCACAGAGCUGAGAGUCUCGCGCUAGAUAUCUGUAUAGAGGUACAAGGCUUCCUGCACAGCACAAACCCUGACAUGCCUCUGGGAGAGAUGUCACUGGGAGGGUCCCUGCUCGACGACCUACAGGUGGUGAGAGCGGACCAUGCGUGCCUGCUGGUUCCCCUCCAGCUAGAACCCAGUCUGUGGAGACUGAUCCCUGGGGAGGAGACUCUCCUAACACACCCUCUACACUGGAUGGUCCGGCGGGUCAACCUGGUGAUGAACUACUGGGACCGGUUCCUAGUAGGAGGGUAUCUGUCCUGCCGGGCGCUGGUGAGCAUGCUCAGUAAGGCUGUGAUGGAAACCAUGAACUGGCCGUCUCUCUCCUCCACUCUGGACUGUCUGGUCAGGCCUGUCCUCGGGGGAGAUGAACUGAAACUAGAGAUACGACCAGAGCGAGGUGAUACUCUCUUCAUCUCCGUAGUGCCGGUGCUGAGGGAGGCAGACGUGGUCCUGACUGCCCAGGUAGAGUUAACCCAGCCCUGGGAUAGUGCCUGGCACCUCUCCCUCUACCCUUGGGAGACCCAGCGCCUGACCCAGCUUGACUCCGCUGACCAGGGGGUCCGACGCGCCCUCCUCAAAACCCUCAAAGCCGUCUGCCGACGCUGUCCCGCCCUGCGACCCCUCACCGCCGCACCGCUGGCCAACCUCAUCCUCCACCUCAGCGACAAGGACGUGGAUUGGUCGGAGGGUUGUCUGAGUGGGCGGUUCCAGCAGUGUGUGUGGGAGCUGAUAGGCUAUCUGGAACAGGGGGUGUUACCAGGCUACUAA